AUGAAAACUUCAGCCACGAUAGCCACGGUCACAGUUCUGCUCCUGCUAAACACCGCCACCAAUGCCGCCCCCGUUAGCUUCACCGGACUUGGUGAUCUGCCCGGCGGAAUUCUUAACAGCUCCGCAUCUGCAGUCUCGGCCGAUGGCAAGGUCGUCGUCGGACAGGCGUCUUCGUCCUCGGGGACAGAAGCGUUCCGUUGGACUUCCAGCGGCGGGAUGAUUGGCCUCGGCGAUCUACCGGGCGGAGGUUUUUUUAGCAAUGCAUAUGACGUCUCGGCCGACGGGGCGGUCGUCGUCGGAUCGGGGUAUUCAAAUUCGGUUUACGGAACUCCGAUUUACGAAGCGUAUCGGUGGACCUCUGGCAGUGGAAUGGUCGGCCUCGACAAUCUGUCCGGCGGCUAUGCCUCCAGCUAUGCGUAUGGUGUCUCGGACGACGGGUCGGUUGUCGUGGGCAUGUCGGAAUCAGGUGGGGUCUCGCAAGCUUUUCGCUGGACGUCCGGUAGCGGAAUGGUGGGGCUUGGUGACCUGCCUGAUGGUGGGUAUGGAAGUUAUGCAAUUGCCAGCUCCCCCGACGGGUCGGUCGUCGUGGGAUGGGGAACAAGUGCGUCGGGUUACGAAGCAUUUCGGUGGACUGCUGGUUCAGGAAUGGUUGGUCUCGGCGAUCUACCUGGAGGAAUUUUUUACAGCACGGCGUACGACGUUUCGGACGACGGAUUGGUCAUCGUAGGACGGGGGUAUUCGGCCUCAGGUCAGGAAGCGUUUCUCUGGACUUCUGGCGACGGCAUGGUUGGACUCGGCGAUCUGCCGGGGGGAAGUUUUAACAGCACAGCACGAGGUGUCUCAGCUGACGGAUCGGUUGUCGUGGGCCAAAGCUCCUCUGCCCAGGGAACAGAAGCCUUUUUGUGGGACGAUGCCAAUGGCAUGCGCAGCCUAAAAGACGUUCUCACUAGCGAAUACGGGCUGGACCUUACUGACUGGUCACUCUACGACGCCCGUGGCAUCUCCGCCGACGGACGUACCAUCGUCGGCACUGGCGUCAACCCCGAUGGAGACACUGAAGCCUGGGUCGCAGUUGUGCCCGAGCCCUCGAGCUUCGUACUAGCCGGCUUUGGCUUGGUUGCACUCGUUCUCUCCUCCUGGCGUCGUCGGGCAAAGCCAAUGAUGAAGACUUCAGCCACGAUAGCCACGAUCACUAAACUGCUCUUGCUAAGCACCAUUGCCACCGCCGCCCCUGUUAGCUUCACCGGGCUUGGCGAUCUGCCUGGCGAAGCUACUUUCAGCGGUGCAUAUGGCGUUUCAGCCGAUGGGUCGGUCGUCGUGGGACAGUCCUACUCAUCAUCAGGCCAGGAAGCCUUUCGCUGGACUUCCAGCGGAGGAAUAGUUGGCCUCGGCGAUCUGCCGGGCGGAAGCUUUAGCAGCCUUGCAUAUGGCGUUUCGGCCGAUGGGUCGGUCGUCGUGGGACGGUCCUACUCAUCAUCAGGUCAGGAAGCAUUUCGCUGGACUUCUGGCGGCGGGAUGGUCGCGAUUGGAGAUCUACCCGGUGGAAGUUCUUCAUAUAACAGCAGAGCUCAUGGCGUUUCAGCCGAUGGCUCGGUCGUUGUCGGACGGGGGGAUUCAGCCUCGGGUUACGAAGCAUUCCGUUGGACAACCGGCGGAGGAAUGGUCGGCCUCGGCGAUCUACCAGGUGGAUACUUUAGCAGCGAUGCACAUAGCGUCUCGGCCGAUGGCACAGUCGUCGUCGGACAGGGGACUUCAGCCUCGGGGGUGGAAGCGUUUCGUUGGACUUCCAGCGGCGGCAUGGUUGGUCUCGGCGAUCUACCCGGCGGAAAUUACUACAGCCUUGCAACAGGCGUCUCGGCCGAUGGCUCCGUAGUCGUCGGUAGAGGUUUUUCGGCCUUGGGAGAGGAAGCGUUUCGCUGGACUUCCGGCAGCGGGAUGGUUGGCCUCGGAGACCUACCCGGGGGAGCUGUCCGUAGCGAAGCCUCUGGAGUUUCAGGAGAUGGGUCGAUCGUCGUGGGACACAGCUACUCUGCUUUAGGCAGCGAAGCCUUUUUGUGGGACGACGCCAAUGGCAUGCGCAGCCUGAAAGACGUUCUCACUCUUGAGUACGGCCUGGACCUAACCGGCUGGAAUCUCAGGGGAGCCCGUGGAAUCUCCGCAGACGGGCGCACGAUUGUCGGCUAUGGCACCAAUCCCAAUGGUUUUGGCGAAGCCUGGGUCGCUGUCGUGCCCGAGCCUUCGAGCUUUUUACUAGCCGGACUCGGCCUGAUUGCACUCGUUCUGUCUGCUUGGCGUCGUCGGGCCAAGUGA